UCUUAAAGCCUGGAGUUACAGCUUUCCCUGCCUGAAUAUGGUGAUCUGUAACCAGUGUCCAGAUCAAGGACUGGAAAGUCUAUUCAUCAUGCAACAACUGACUGAGGCUUCAGAGUUCCUGCAUGACUCUUUAGAAGAAGACAACAUGAAGUUCUACUCCCCACCUACACUGAUGAAGCUGGCAAGACAGAGUCUACUGAGGGACGAGUACUUGGCCAUUUCUGCUCUCAAAGACCUGCCCAAUAUGAUGUUCCCAGAGAUGUUUAAGGAGGCAUUUAUUGGUGGACGUACAAAGAUCUUGACUGCCAUGAUACCUGUGUGGCCCUUCCCAUGCCUUUCUGUAGGAAUGACGAUAAAGGACCUCAGCCUAGACAUUUUGAAGGCUGUUCUUGAGGGGAUAGAUAUACUGAUUUCAAAAACAGUUCUUUCCAGUAGGUGCAAACUCAGAGAGGUCAAUUUGAGGGAUACAGGCCUUGAUUUGGAUGGGAUAUGGGCUGCACCCCAUGAAGUUGAAGGCUUACCAGAGUUCAUAGAACAGGAGCAGCCAGUUGACAAUAGUCCUGACUACGGGCCAAAGAACAAAUUGAAGGUGACAACAGAUCUCCAAUUCAUGGAGGGCUGCCUUGAUGAAUGUGCCACUUACUUGUUACAGUGGGCCUAUCAGAGAGAAGCUUUCAUUCAUCUACACUGUAGAAAACUGAAAAUUAAUGGCUUAACCAAANCCACAGUCAUAGAAAUGUUCAAAACUGUNCAUGCAGAAUGUAUAGAAGAUCUGGAACUAUCUUGUCUUUUCCUAGAAGAUUUGGAUUUUCUUAAUCCCUACCUGAAACAGAUGGACUGUCUUCUCUCACUCACACUAGAUGAGAUCACAGAUACCCCCAAUAUGGGUGAUUAUACAAAUCUUGAUGAGGAGAAAAUAAUUACAGUGAUUUCUCAACUUCCCACAUUCCAUCAUCUCCAGGAACUCUAUGUAUAUGGUGUCAUUUUUAUAGAAUGCCUCAGGUGCCUGAAGAAGCCCUUGGAGGUACUUUCUAUCAUUGACUGUGACCUCUCACAGUCAGACUUGGAUUACCUGCCCUAUUGCCUGAAUAUUUGUGAGCUCAGAUCUCUCCACCUGACUGAUAUACGUUUAAGUCAUCUACUUCUUGAGCCCCUAGGGUUUCUCCUUGAGAGAGUUAGACAUACCCUGAAAUUCCUGCAAUUGAAAUCAUGUGAAAUGGGGGAAACUCACUUCAAUGCCCUGCUGCCUGCCCUAAGUCAAUGUUACCAACUCACAGAAGUCAAUUUCUAUGGCAAUGAACUGUCUCUGCUUUUCCUGAAAAAACUUCUACACCACACAGCCAAGCUUAGCCAGCUAACUGAUGAGCUGUACCCUGCCCCUCAGGAGUGCUAUGAUAACAGGGAUGUAGUACUAUCACAUAAAUUAGAAAAUAUUUGUCCUGAGCUCCUGGAUAUACUCAGGACCAUAAGACAGCCCAAGAAGGUCACCUUUGUUACAAUCCAAUGCUCCAAGUGUGGUGGGUCCUAUGUUUAUGAUCUGGAGACCCAACGUUGCUCUUUUGAAAAAAACCCUCCCUGGGGUUGAUUUUGGAAGAGAGAAAUGGUAGCUUAGUGUUGGGGAUUGAUGAAAUCCUAAGUGAAUGUCUUUUCCUGGAAGGAGCAUAGAUAUGUCAACCACCUAAAUGUCUGAGACACACUGGAAAGAAAGGAUUGUCCUCAGAGCUGGUGAAGAGUAUUGCAUCUACAAAAGAUGAUAAGCACUAUUUUGUUCUCUAGGAUUAUUGUAGUUUGAGUGUGUUAAAAUACAGGCAACCUUUCAUGAGAAUGUUGUUCCCCUCUGUUGCCUGCAUACAAUAAAUAUGUUGACUUUCUGGGGUGCUGGUAUGUCUCUAUCAGAGCAAAGAGCCUAAUCAUUCCCAGAAUUUU